CUUCUGAAACUCAUAUUUAAUGAAGAUUCUGCAUUGAUAUUUUCUGAAUCAUGAUUAAUCAUUUUCACAUCAAAACAUGAUUUGAUCAUUUUGGUCAGCUCCUUUUUGCUCAUCUGGGUGCUGUCUUAAAGUUUUUUGGAGCUGACAGUUUCACUGUUUUUAAAGGCAAGAAGAACUGUCAUUUGGUAGACCAUAACCAUAGCUACAUGCAGUUUUGCCAAAUAGUUCAUUUUAGCUUCACCUUACAGAGGUAAUCUAACCAUGUCAGCUUCCUUCAACUGAAAUACUGGCUAUAAAAUAAUUUGAACACCUGUUCACUUUUUUCUAACUCUCGGGGAAUUGCAAAUUCGGAUGAAGAAGCCUCAGUGAGAGGCUGUGCACCAGCCUGAAGGACAUAUAUUUGGAAACCAACCCCCUCAUCUAUCCCCGUAUCUUGGUUUCUGAUGAAAGGAUUGAGCUUAUUGCUGGCAUCAGCACUGACACUUAGGUCUGUGUCCAUCUGAUGCAGCUUCCUGGUAAACUCAUAACCACAGGCUUGCUUUAAUUUAUUGAUCACUGCUUCUUCAGUAUCCAUAGACACAGACAACUCCUAAAUUAGACAUUUGCUAGCAUUCUUGCAUAGAAAAAUGGUUUUUCAUGGAUAUAUUUGCAAACAGUGAUGAAAUUGGGGAGUUUGACCUCCACUUCAUUCUCCGUCAUACCUUCUCUGACUCCAAAACACUCUUAUGCAAAUGCCAAACCCAAUUUUCAAAAAAUAAAACAAAACAAAACAAAACAAAAUCCUUUGUUUCUCCAUAAAGUCUAUCUCCAAGUGGUUCAGGACAGGCCACACAUGAAGCAUCAUUAUAUGAGAAAUGGUCGUUCCGUGUUGCUCUCACAACUUUAUCCAACAUAAAGCUCUGCUUGUGGUUAGCAAGUUGUUCCAUGUUUCAUCUAAAUCCAGUACUCUUGGUUUCAAAGACAUUGUGCAAGCUUAGUGUUGAAAUCUUCUGCAGAAGCAGGGCGAGAGCAAGGGCCCUGGGAGGGAGGCAACCUUCAGGCGUGAAGGACGAAGCCUCUUGGCUCAGAUGGUGGCCAUUGGUGGCUGUCAGCUCCAGGAAGUGUUCUUAAGGAACUUACUCAAGAGAAUCUUCCUCAGUUCUAUUUUAGUUAUAGAUUGUUUACCUAUAAAAGCUAUUCAUUAAUCUUAUGUACUGGCAAGGGUGUGGUUCAGAGAUAUGAAACUGAAAAUUCUUUGUCUUGGGAGAAUUUGUACCUUUCUGAGCAAUUACUCUUGAGAAAAGUUAGUGGGAAGGAAGCUAGGACACAAUUAGGACCCAGUAGGAGGUGGGCAGGCACAACUGGUUUGCUGGGGUCUCUAACCUUCUGCUGAGCCGCAAACCGCUUGUUGUGUGGAAAAUGUCUAAGAUAAAGAACCCCCGGACUUUUGAGGAGCAAACAGAAUGUGUCAUGAAUGGCCUGCUCGCAGACCUUUUGACCCCAACCUUCCAGGUGGCUAACCGGAACCUCCUGGAUGAUGAGGAACCAUAUUCAGGAGAGGAUUUCUCUUUUGAUGUGUCUAUAAUUGUUGACCGCCUUCGAAUGCUGGGUGACCAGUUCAGUGGAGAACUGGAAGCUUCUGCCAAUCAUGUCAUUGCGGAAACCACUCGAGGACAGGCAGGAACUAUAUUUGAGGACACAGUGCAGUCUCUCAGCAUGGCCUGGUGUGCUCAGAACUCCACCCUCGCUUUUGAAAGAGCCUUUCUGGCAGUGUCUGUGAAACUUCUUGAAUAUGUGGUCCAGAAGGCUCCUGAAAUGGCAGGAAGGAUGGCUAACUGCAUGACGGGCAUGAUCAAUGGGAACACAGCCGUCCGAGAGUUCAUCCUGGAGCAGGGAGGAUGGGAAAACCUGGAGAGCUGAAUAAGUGGGGUUGCUCAGACUCAACAUCACGUCCUCCGAUGUUUGCCAAUUAAAACAUGCUUUCUUCAACUUA